UCAUACCAGGAUAUCCAGGAAAGGAAGCGACUGCUGGAGGACUUCGUACCAAAGACGCGUAAGAAGUACACGGAUAUUGCGAAAAGUCAAAAAGUGGUCGACGGUGACGCCAUAAAACCCGGUCGAUAUCGAGAACUAGAGGGCGCCUUGGACGAAUUCCUAUGCGACAAGAAUCUCAGACCGGCGUGAAGCUGCGGCCUUUCAGCGAACAUCAUCACGGGGGCGGCGGCGGCGGCCACGACGACGGGGUAAUGAUCGAACAAGACAUGGCCGGGGCCCAGGACACCAUCUACCUGUGCAACUUCCGGGUAUCCGUAGACGGGGAAUGGCUUUGCCUGAAGGAGCUCCAGGACGUCGAAUUUUCGAUGCAGGACUCCAUGCAGCGUUCACCGUCACCUCCGUUGCCGCUUAGCGGUACAAACCACCAUCACGAUCGACACCGUCACCAACGACACGAAACUCCUUCGCUUUGCGACGCACUCAUGUCCAGCUCGCCACCAUUGCCACUCUUCUCCAGCUUCUUGUCACGAGAUCCAGUGAUUAUUGAACGAAGCAACCUAGUCAAUAUUUCGAAGCUGAUCGUGAAGGAAUUGAUUGAGACAUCUCUGAAAUAUGGACGUAUGCUGGACUCGGAUCAUAUGCCUCUGCAGCAUUUUUUCAUCGUUCUCGAACACGUCCUCAGACACGGAUUACGGCCUAAGAAGGGACUCCUUGGCCCGAAAAAAGAACUCUGGGACAUUCUUCAACUUGUGGAAAAAUACUGUCCCGAAGCACAAGACAUCACCUCAAGUAUCCGCGACCUACCGACCGUUAGGACGGCGAUGGGCCGAGCACGAGCUUGGCUGAGGAUGGCGCUGAUGCAAAAGAAACUUGCGGAUUACCUAAAAGUGCUAAUCGAUCACAAGGACGACAUUCUAUCUGAAUACUUUGAACCGGACGCACUAAUGAUGAGCGACGAAGCCAUUGUUGUAAUGGGUUUGCUGGUUGGCCUCAAUGUUAUAGACUGCAACUUCUGUGUCAAGGAAGAAGACCUGGACUGCCAGCAGGGUGUAAUCGACUUCUCCCUGUACCUGAGAAGCAGCAAUCACAUUCCAGGCGAAUCACCGGACGACGAACUGGAGAACGACAACAUGACCACUGUUCUCGACCAAAAGAACUACAUCGAGGAGCUUAACAGGCAUCUAAAUGCGACUGUAACGAAUCUACAAACAAAGGUCGAAUCUCUUACCACGACGAAUGCUCUCAUGAAGGAAGAUCUGGCAAUCGCGAAGAACAAUAUUCUCUCACUCCAUGACGAGAAUAGGCAACUGAAAAAAGAACUUGGUAUCGAAGUCAAGGAUCCAAACGAGAACGGAAAAGCACCCGUCAAAAUCACUGAGACUACGUCGGAGAUAGAGGAGUUGAGAAGUAGGCUAGAAGUGGAAAAAAAGCAAAGGCUUGAGGCUGAAAGGGAGUUGGAAUUACAGGUUAGCAUGAAGUCGGAAAUGGAGGUUGCCAUGAAAUUGUUGGAAAAAGAUAUUCACGAGAAACAGGACACUAUAAUAUCUCUGAGAAGGCAGCUGGAUGACAUCAAAUCGAUCAAUUUGGAGAUGUACAAAAAGCUGCAGGAGUGUGAGGGCUCGCUUAAGCAUAAGACAGAACUGAUCAGUAAGCUGGAAGCAAAGACACAUUCCAUGACUGAGACCAUUCAGAAAAUGGAUGAGAAAUGCAAGGUGUUGGAAGGCAUCCGUUCCGGUGCCGAGGAACGAGCUCGAGUCGUCGGGGCGGAAGCUGCUCAGCGCGAGGCUUGGGCCAGCGGUGUCGAGGGGGAGCUCAGGAUAGAACGAGAGUGGAGAACCGCCCUUCAGGAGACCUCUGUCAAGGACCGGGAAAAGAUAUCACAGCUUCACCAGGAGGUUGAUCAGUUGAAGCAGGUUUCCGAGAAAUUCUUGGCGUUGCAAGAGGAACACUACGCCCUCAAGGAGAUUUGUACGGAACAGGAACGAACGCUCGAAGAACUCGGAGGACAGCUGAGCUCUGCCAAAUUGGCAGCUGUAGAAUUGAGGGAGGCUGCCGAUAGCGUCCAACAAUCGCAACAAAACGGUGCUGCUUCCUGGGCGAACGAUCGUCUUGUCACACAGUGCAAAAGAUGCAAUCGAGAUUUUAACAUCGCGCGAAGAAAGCAUCACUGCCGCAACUGCGGUGCGAUCUUCUGCAACUCCUGCAGUGACAAUACAAUCGCACUGCCAAACUCAACGAAGCCUGUUCGCGUGUGUGACGAAUGCCACGUUUUCUUGGUUGGCCGAUAUUCCGUGAUGCCAUAGCGCUCAGCUUCCGUUGCAACCAACCAUCGCCGUUAUUUUCGUUAGAUUUUAAAGCAUUGCAUUAUGAUUCGAGCGCAGCUUUUGGUAAACGGUGCAGGAUUAUUGCGCCUAAACGAGUGUUACAUGUUGGAAAUUCGACACCUGGGGAAUCCUGAUAAACCAGAAAUAUCGAAGAAAUGUUAUCCCAUCUCGAUCCGCACGAGAGAUGUUUGAAAUUUUGAAGAAACUUCCGUUUCUCAAGUUCACCAUUUCCAAUCAACUCUCUUGCUCAUGUUAACGGAUUUAUCGGACAUGCAGACCUUUCGAGUCGAGGAAUUGAGACACAUAUUUUUUCCACAGGGUCCUAUACUAUGCAUGACAGAAUAUCCUGCCUUCACAAUUUUAUGUGAUCUGCUUGGUAAGUUGAAGCGCCGUGAUUGUAGUUUCGCAGAUUUUGACAUUAUUAAUAUAAUAGAAUUGUGCAUAUAAUUAUUGAUAUAAUUGUAGCUUAAAAGUUAUUUGCUAUGACAAAAAAAAAAA